AUGAAGUUCCUUCCUUUUUGCUUUUUGGCCCUUGGCGCCAAUGCCUUUGUGUCACGAUCUUCUUCUUAUCAUAGGCAUCAAUCUGCAGUCUCGGCCGUUUCCAAAAAGGACUCGUACUUGGUCACGUUGCUACCGGGAGAUGGAAUUGGCCCGGAAAUCACCGAGGCGACCAAAAAAGUGCUGGCAGUCAUCUGCGAAAAGUCGGGCUUUGAAAUUGAACUCAAGGAAGCAUUGAUUGGAGGAGCCGCCAUUGAUGCCAAGAAUGAUCCUUUUCCCCAAGAAUCCCUCGAUCAGUGCCUCGCCAGCGAUUCCGUCCUCUUGGCGUGCAUUGGAGGAUACAAGUGGGAUAAGAAUCCACGGGAACUUCGUCCCGAAACGGGACUCUUGAAAAUGAGAAAGGAAAUGGGACUCUUUGCCAACCUACGACCGGCCAAGGUCCUCUCGCAGUUGAUUGAUGCAUCUACUCUCAAACGAGAAGUUGUGGAAGGAGUCGAUGUCAUGGUGGUACGAGAACUCACGGGGGAUGUCUACUUCGGAACUCCCAAGGGAAUCGAUGUCAUUGAUGGCCAACGAGUUGGAUACAACAAUAUGAUUUAUUCGGAAAGUGAAAUUGAUCGAAUUGCCCGAGUGGCAGGUGAUGUGGCCAGCAAACGUAAGGGACAGCUGUGCAGUGUCGAUAAAGCCAAUGUUUUGGACGUCAGUCAACUGUGGAGAGAUGUUGUCACAGAUGUCAUCACCAAGGACUUUCCCGAAGUGGAAUUGAGCCACAUGUAUGUCGACAAUGCCGCCAUGCAAUUGAUCCGAUGGCCCAAGCAAUUCGACACGAUCGUUUGUGGAAACAUCUUUGGGGAUAUUCUCAGUGACGAGGCGUCCAUGUUGGUCGGAUCUUUGGGUAUGCUGCCAUCGGCUUCCAUUGGAGAAUCCGGACCAGGUGUCUUUGAACCGUGUCACGGAUCCGCUCCCGAUAUUGCUGGAGAAGAUAAGGCCAACCCCUUGGCCAUGAUCCUCAGUGCUGCCAUGAUGCUCAAGUAUGAUCUCGAUAGACCGGAAGAAGCAGCCAUCAUUGAACGAGCUGUGGAAGCCGUCUUGGAUGAAAAGAUCCGAACACCCGACAUAAAGCAAGAAGGAGAUGGAUGCAAGCUUGUUGGGUGCACAGAAAUGGGACAGGCAGUGGCCGAUAUUGUUGCCAAGGCGGAGAUUACGGUUUAA